AUGGCCCUUCUCUUUUCUUUUCUUCUAUAUUACUAUUUCAUUAACAAAAGAAAGCUGCCACAUUCAAGACAAGCUGCUGCUAAUGAUCUUCCUCCAGGAAGUUUUGGGUGGCCUUUUGUGGGUGAAACGUUGGAUUAUUUGUCCAAUGUCAAAAAUGGGAGCCUAGUCAAGUUUCUAACACAAAGAAGGAGCAAAUACUCUUCAAAUAUUUUCAGCACCUCAUUGAUUGGGCAUCCAAUGGUGAUCUUAUCUGGUGCCAAGGGCAACAAGUUUCUAUUCUCAAAUGAGAAUAAGCUAGUCCAAGUCUGGUGGCCGAGUUCUAUUGACAGAAUAUUUCCCAAGACUCAUAAGAAAGCUAAUCACGAGGACUUUGCAAGCACGCGCAAAUUGCUAUCAGCGCCUCUCAGAUCAGAGUCUCUUCAAAGAUUUGUAGGCGUAGCCGAUGAUAUUUUGAGACGCCAUCUUCAGACGGACUGGAAUCGCCCACAAAUUAAGGUUUUACCUGCAGUUAGGAAGUGCAUAUAUUCUCAUUGGACUGCAAAUUAUUCCUAA